UGGCGGUCAAUGUGGAGGGCGAGUUCUACGUCAGCGGAGGCGGUCUCACGUCAAAGUUCAAGGUCGGGCGCAUCACCUUCCACUGGGGGCGCUGCAACGCCUCCUCGGAGGGCUCGGAGCACAGCGUGGAUGGAGUCAAAUACCCUCUGGAGAUGCAGAUCUACUGUUACGAGGCGCAUCGCUUUGCCUCGUUAGACGAAACCAUCACGGCCGGAGGCAGGAUCACAGCGCUCGCCGUGCUGUUUGAGGUGUGCGAGUGA